ACAACACUUUAUCUUUAGAGACUGGGAUUUUAAAAAAUUGGUUAUUUAAUACUGCAAUAUAGUUCGAGAAAAUGUAUAGAUUUGGUCACAAAUAGGUGAAACCAUAAAGAGAAAUAUUCAACAGACUCGAUAUACCUGGAUUCCAGGAGCGUAAGUCGGGUGUGAAAUAGGAGAACAGUAAAGACAAUAUAGACAAACAAUUCAUUAGAAGUACAAUGGCAUCAGCAAACAAAACACAACCUAAAAUUAAAAUACUUCUGCUUGGUAAAGUUGGGGCAGGAAAGAGCGCAACUGGAAACAGUCUAUCUGGAAGAGUUCACUUCGAUUCAAGUAAUUGCUUAACGAAUGAGACUAUAAGUGUGAGCAAACACUCUGAAAAGGACGUCGACGGUUAUACGCUCGUUAUCUACGAUACGCAAGGACUCAUGGAUUCAGACUUAACCGAAUUAACAAGUGCCGAGGAAAUGAUGGAAAAUAUGCGAAAAUUAAUUAGAAGUAGCGAAGAAAUAUCAGUUUUUCUUCUAGUAUAUAACAUCGCUGCGAAAUUCUCCCAAGAAGACCAAAAAUGUGUUUCCAUUCUUGAAACUACAUUUGGAAAGGAGGACUUCUAUAAGCGAUGUAUUAUAGUUAUUACUAAAGGUGAUCAUCUUGAUGAGGAUUUUAAAAAAUGGCUUUAUAAGCAAGAAAAACAUUUCGAGCAAUUAAUAAAUAAAUGUAAUGGAAGAGCAGUUUUAAUGUGCAAUAAAAUAAGUUGCAAAGAAAAAUAUGAAGAAACAAGACAAACGUUAAUAGCUGAAAUUUUAAAGCUGAAUAAGUCAUCAAUGGCAUCUUACAAUCUGCAAGUUUUUAUGAAAUACGAAAAGGACAGACUGGGGUUUUUACUUGAUCUUGAGAUGGAAAAAUCCGGCCUUAAAGAACGUUAUGAAAAGGAAAUAAAGGACAUACAGACUCAAGCGAGUUGUACACAAACAUACACCACCAGAGAGAAAAUUAUGCAAGAAAUAGCUGUCUUGAGGAACAACAUUAAAAUCAAAGAUAAUGGAACAGGUAAACUAAAAGUGUAUCUAGAUCGGCUAGAUGCUCUGGAAAGAAAUCUUCCUAGCGUUCGUCCUCCUGAUCCUGUUUAUGUCACCCAGAAUGUUCGUAAGAAAGAUGAAGAAUCAACAUGUAGAGUUUUAUGAGUUUCAAUAAUGCUCUAUAAAAAUCAAUGUGGUUAAGUUUAGUCUUAGAAUAUACAUUUAACCAAUUGUUGUUUUUUUUAUUUGCAUUCAGCAAUAUUCAUAUUGGAAAGAAAACGUCGGCAAAUCAAUAUGAUUUCAAAGUGUAAGCAAUAAUUAAUUUAAAUGCAAUCUAUGGUAGAUUUUCCUAAGCUCUAAGCUACAUUUUUUUAAAAUGCGAAUACUUUUUUUCCCUAUUUAUUGGCACUACAGAAUCAUAUUACUAAGCACUAUAGUUUAAAACGUUGUUUUUUUUUUUUUUUAGUUAUCUUUUGACAUUGUUUACUUUUUUUUUUAAAUCUCUAUUAAUCUUUUACUAUCAUUGUCUUUUUUUUUCUUUUUUUAAGAUCCCUUAUAUCGACUUCAAAUUAGUUGCAUAACAAAUAAAGUUUUCAUAUUUCUGUGGUUAACAAAAUCCAUAUAAUCAACGAGGACGUUUCAAAUUGUUUUCGGUUUAGUUAUCUGCAACAAAAUGGAUUCAAAAUGCCAUUCCAGAAGCUAUGCGCCUUUCUAACUUCAGAAAGGUCACACAUUUCGCUUGAAGGACCAACGAUCGUUCUGCUGAUGUCGUUUGCACUAAAUGGCCCCACCACGUCUUAUUGACGGAUCAUGCGCCUUUAAUUUUCUGCCUUAGUAUUUCUCAAUUUUUGUGUAAGUUAUAAAAUAGAAGAAAAAAAAAUAAAA